ACCAUAAAAGUUAAGAAUGACUUCGGCCACGGUAAGAAAUGUGCCACUGCUUGAUGACGAUACCAUCCCAUUUGGCGAGGAAGAUGAUAUGCGAGAUCCAAAUGCUGGAGUAAAGAAAUAUUCGCACCCAUACGUCACAUUCUUCCAUCUAUUCUUUCGCAGUGCAGCGAUUGUGAUAUAUAUGUUUUGUGGAUGGUUCAGUGAUUCCUUCAUCACAAGUUUUGUUUUUGUGGUAUUAUUUCUGUCGGCUGACUUUUGGACUGUAAAGAAUAUUACCGGUCGUCUUCUAGUUGGCUUGCGCUGGUGGAAUUACGUGGAUGACGAGGGUGUAUCACAUUGGCUAUACGAAGCUAAAAAGGGAAACGUAAACAAUCACGAGGCGCGUAUAUUCUGGUUGGGAUUAAUAUUGUGUCCAGUUUUUUGGAGUCUCUUUUUUAUUGUUGCUUUGUUCGGAUUGAAAUUCAAGUGGCUGCUGUUGGUAAUGAUCGCCCUUGCCCUAAACGGUGCAAAUUUAUACGGGUACGUUAAAUGUAAUUUUGGAGCCAACAAGGAUUUGAAUUCUGCUGCCACCGACUUUGUAAAGACCCAAAUUUUCAAAAACGCCAUGGACAUUAUGACAAAGCCGAGCACCCAACCUACUACUGCACGACCCACUGGUGUAAUAUAAUAC